AUUUUAAUUUUUUAUAUUUGUGAUGUGAGCUUUCUAAUUUGUGAGUACAACAACAAUUAGAAUAGUGCAGAUUUUCUUCUAAUAUAUUUCCGUAAAAUUUAUAAUAAUACUCUUUCAUUAAAAUUAAGGAAGAGACAUUGGCGACGAUCGCCAUAUCUUAUUUUAUUUAAAACUGAGACGCGCGAAAUCUUAAACAAAGCUCCGUCUCAAUAAGCAAAAAGAAAGAAAAUUAUAAAUAUUACUUACGAUGUCGUACACGGACUUACAAGGUACUAUCAAUGUGAAGGAGGAACCAAGCGAAUUAGAAGACGGCCCUGUGGGUUUACAUGGGAAUGUCCACAUUAUUAAACAGGAGCCAGUUGAUGUUGCAGAAGAACAAAAAAAGGAAGAGUUGAAUCUGUAUGGAGAUCAUGAAAUCAAGAAAGAGUUGGUCAUAGGACCUGUGUUAUUGCAACCUACUGAUUUAGCUCAAGAAAAAUGUGUGCAAAACACUUCUAAUGGGUUGAAUGUUGAUACUAGACCGCACAAGUGUGAUAUUUGCACCAAAUGCUUUGUAUAUUACUAUCAACUUAAGCGUCAUUUAAAAACUCAUAUUGAAAAGAAGCCGUUCAAAUGUGAACAUUGUAAUGAAACUUUUACUCGUAAAGGAAGUUAUAAUAAACAUGUAACAAUUCAUACUGGAGAGAAACCAUACAUUUGCGAUAUUUGUCAUGUAGGUUUUAGAAGAAAAUUUGAUCUAAAAACUCAUAUAAUGUUCCAUACUGGAGAAAAACCAUACAAGUGUGAUACUUGCAAUGAAUGUUUUACAAUAAAAACCCAUCUUAAACGUCAUUCAAUGGUCCACACUGGUAAAAAACCGUUCAAAUGUGACUAUUGUAACAAAUUUUUUGUUUGGAAAUCUAAUUGUCUUAAGCAUUUAAGGACUCAUACUGGAGCAGAACCGUACAAGUGCGAUCCCUGUAACAAAGUUUUUCCGUAUAAAUCAGGUAUUAUUAGACAUUUGAAGACUCAUACCAGAGUGAAAUCAUACAAAUUUGACCACUGCAACAAAGUUGAAAAAGAACAGUACAUAUGUGACUAUUGUAACAAAUUGUUUCCUUACAAAUCCACUUUGAUUAUACAUUUAAGUACUCAUACUAGAAAGAAGCUGUUCAAAUGUGAACAAUGUAAUGAAUCUUUUACCCGUAAAGCAACUUAUAAUACACAUGUAAUGACUCACACUGAGUUCAUACAAAUGUGACUAUUGUAACUUAAGUGUUCGAUUAUAAAUCAAGUUUUGAUACAUAUUUAAUGACUCAUACUUCUUAUCAUAUCAAUAUUGGAGAGAAACUAUUCAAGUGUGAUCGAUAUUAUUUAUUGGCAAUAAAGUUUUAAAACAAAUACCUUCAGUCCGGUUGAGAAAAAGUCCAAUCAUACAGUUGUCUAAAACAUUAAAACAACUACAGAAAAAGUAGAAAUGCCCACGCAAUCAACUGACACUACAA